CGGUCCAACCUCAAGUGCGAAAUUUGGAUCGCGAGCACGCCAGCUGAGCACGCCAUGUCCACGGCCUACGACGUCCUCGAGGUCGAGAACGACCGGUCCUACCGCGGCUGCAAGAAGGCCGAGCGCGUUCUCGUGAGCCUCAAGGGCCCGUCGACGAGCCCCUUGGCGGCGACCGUCUGCAUGGGCGAUGGGUCCAGCAACCUCCAUUCCUUCACGACGACCUUGCCAUCGACCACGUCGUCCGAGCCCAUUUCUCUUCGCUUCCAGCAGCAAUCGAAAAAGGUCUACCACGAUAGCACCCAGUUGUUGGACGCGUGGGGCGUCAGCGUGACGAUCGUCGAUGCCAAGCUCGCGCUCGUAGCACUUCCGCUGCCCAAGGACGUGGCUGCCACACCUUUGGACGAGACGAAAGGCACCGUCUUCUUCUCGGCGCACGAGCAUUCGGGGACCUUGGUAUGUGCGACGAAGCAGCAUUCGCUCCUCGUGUACGACUGGAGUCGGAAGAACGCCAAGCUCCUUCCGCGCUCGACGCACGAGGUGCCCGACAAGCCAAGCACACUCCAGAGCGUCCUCUGCCUCUCGAGCGACAUGGCCGUGCUCGUCUACAAGCGCAAGACAACGCUCUUCCAUCUGGAUACGGGGCGAUCCCUUGAUCUGCCGCCCGACUGCCGCGACCCCGUGCUCGCCGCGGUCCGCCUUCCGGGCCUGUCGCCCGCUCAAGACGAUUUCUUCGUGCAGUGGCGUACGCACGGAAUCGCGCUGCGCUACGACCGCUCCGAGUACGCUGUCGUGACGACGGGGCCGCCAUUGCCAUGGCCGGCAGGUGCGGGUCCGCCCAAGGCCGUUCUUGGGCACCACCCUUUCCUUCUCGUCGCAUACGCCGAACAUAUCGACGUGCUUCUCUCGUUCCAGAUCGUCCAGAGCGUUGCGAUCAAGGGGGCUGUGUUCUUCACCCCGCUCCUCUCCCAAGCGCAGACUGCCUCGGUGACCGCGCCGCCGGCGGUCCUCGUGGUGACGGGACCCUUUGCCUUUGCCGCGCUGCGCAUGGCCCCGCUAAGCGACCAACUUCGCUUGCAUUUGGACGCCGGGCGGUAUCAAGAAGCAAUCGACCUUUGCCGUCUCUGCCCCGUCGAGUGCCACCUCCCGAACGACGACCUUCGGGCCAUCCACCUCCAGCUCGCUUUGCAGCAGUUUGAACGCCACGCGUUCAGCCAAGCGAUGGACAACUUUCUCGCAAGCCACGUGCCCGCCGAGGAGGUCCUCGCGCUCUUUCCUGAAGAGCUCUUGCCGCGCAGCCGGCAUCGGUUGGCGAUGGCCACGCUACCGCGGCCCUCGGUAGCGCUCGCCGGCGACACACUCAGCGCGGCGCUCACGGCCCUUGUGCAAUUUCUCGUCGCGUACCGGGCGCUGCCUCGGCAAGGGCUCGCCAAGAUCCAGUACGACGACGCGGCGUCGCUCGUCGACACGGUCUUGCUCAAGGCGUACGUUCUCACCAACGAUGCGGCGCUCACCGUCUUUUGCGGUAUCUCGCCAAGCGCGGCGGAUGUCGGCGAAGCCGAAGUGUUUUUGCGCGCCCACGCCAAGUGGCAAGCGCUCCUUGCGUUUUACCAGGCGCAGCGUCUGCACCGCAAGGGCCUGGAGCUUCUCGAAGAGCUCCAGGCGAAUGCUGUUAGCGCCAAGAAAGACCCGCGUCGCGAGAUGGUCGCGUACCUCAAGACACUGGCAGAUGCGCCGCUCGUGUUUGAGUUUUCCAAGCCAUUGCUGCAGUCGGCGCCAUCGCUCGGUCUCUCGAUCUUUACGCACCGGCUCGUGCCAUCGCCCGAGGUCGACUUGGACCCGCAUUUGAUUGUCGACCACCUCAAGUCGAUCGAAGUGAGCUCGCCACCGGACGGGGACGACGAGAUGCCGCUCGACGACGGCCGCGCGCUCGCGAUCGCAUACCUUCACCAAGUCAUUUACGCCAACGGGAGCUCGGUGCCGUCGACGCUCCACGACGAACUCGUGUACCUACUUCUCGAUGCGAUCAAUGACCACGUGAGUCUGCUCCUCAAGAAGAAGCGCGACCAGCAGUCGCUCAUUGUGUUUCAUACGCGCGUGCGCAUGCAGAAAGGACGUCUCGGCGCGCUGCGGCGCCAGCUCCUCGCGUUUCUGCAGUCGCCAUUGAGCCAGCACCACCCGGAACGUCUCUUGAGCCGCACGCCCAUGGAGAUGAUCGAGGAGCGCGCGGUCCUGCUCGCCAACAUGGGUCGCCACGAAGAGGUGCUGCGGCUCUACUUGCACGAGAUCAAGGACGCGGCCGUCGCCGAGGCCUACUGCAACGACGUUUAUGCCUCCAAAGUCGGCGACGCGUCCAUCUACACGCUCUUUCUCCAGACGUACAUGCGUCCGCCGUCGGCCAAGACGUCGCCGUAUCGCAUGAGCAACCACGUCCUCUCAUCGAUUGGGCUCGCGUUUGUCGCCAAGUUUAUGCUGCGCCACGCGGCGACGAUCGACGUCGCGACGGCGCUGGAGCUAUUGCCGCCCGGCACGGAAGCCGCGGCCCUCAGUGCGUACCUCCAGCGUGUCCUCGAGCUCAAGGUCGAGGCGCGCCGCACGGCGCAGGUCCAGACGCAGCUGCUCAAGAUCGAGAACCUCCACGUGCGAUCGCAGCUCCACGCCGCGCAGCAAGAAUCGGUCGACAUCUCUGCCCAGUCAACGUGCGCGGUCUGCAGCCGGAAGCUCGAGCGCGGCGCCUUCCUCUACGACAAGGACGAAGGCACGCUCCUGCACUAUGCAUGCCAGCCGUCGCUGCCCUAGUCUCGAAUCCGCUUUUUAUGAGAAAAUACGUUGGUAGUCCU